AUGUCAAGCGAUUUCGAGAGUUUCGACAACUUACCACCAGAGCUUAGGCUGAUGAUUUGGGAAGAAGCUGUUCCUAAGAGAAAAGACACACAUGCAACCUACAAGAUUUUCCACGACGCCUUCUUACGUGGUCUGCGGUUUGAAAAGGCAGAGGGGGCAGACGGACCUCGACCCCUCCUGGAGGCAUGCUACGAUUCUCGGGCCGUGGCAAUGAAGAGUGGAUCGUACAUGACUGUCAAAGACAAAAAACAUCGAAUAUUCUGCAAAGCAAUCCGAGGAAUUUUCGAAAAAAGAUACCAUUCGGUCUGGGUUGACAAUAGUAUUACAACUUUACACAUACCCAUCGCUGCACUUACAUGUGGACGCAUCACCAAUUUACCUACCAACAUCAAGGCUAUUGCAUGCAUGGUGCCUACACCACAGGCACUCCGAGCUUUGCAAAAGUGCCUCACCCACAAUCCCGAGUACAAAGGUAUCAAAACAGUGUACCUCGGGAUUGCUGGCAUACCCAUCCAGUAUAGCAAAGGCGAUGACCCAGACUACUAUCCCUGCACGGAAUCAGAGUCAGCCGUUGUCCCGCUUGACGACGAGAAGUUGAUCGCCUAUCUUGAAUCAGUCUACAAAACCCAUGUCUUUGCGGCAAUCGGUAACAGGGUGAUGUUUGAGGAGGGAUUCCAUCACAAAAGUGCACUGAGGUUCAAGAAUAGCCUCGAAAAAGAGUGGACAUAUCAACAGGACUUGCGCUCAAAAUGGGACCCCAAGAACGGCAUCGAGUUACUACCGGCUGUCAUCUUUGGACAAAAUACGGGGAAAGUAAUGCCCUGGAGGAGAGGUCGUCUCCAGGGUGCUGUCCUUAAGCUUCAGAUCGGUCAGCGCGAGGCCCAGGCUGACCUAAAGUGGAUGCACGGGUUUGCCUUUGAUAGCAGAGAUGAUCACGAAGACGACCUAGAUGAGCUUCCGCGUCAUGAGUGGCUCCGAAGGACGGCGCGCAGGGAGAAGGAUAGGCUCCGGAACUUUUUUUGGUCGCCGCACAGUGCCGAAGGGGAGAAAAGAUGGAAUGCUGCUCUGUGA